AUGAUUGGCCAGUUCGACGGCCACGUUCCUGGCGCAGCGUCUGACACGUCAGCGCCAGAGUGCGCGCCUGAGAGGGAUGGCCCCCUGGCGACACGCGUCAACAAUGGGGCGACUCCUUCCGUAGGGAUCCCCCGCCCCGGGCUCGCGCAACAGCUGCACGAGAGCCUCAACAACCCGAACGCACUUCCAGGAUACUCGGUCGGGCCGGUCAUUGGCGAGGGUGGCUUCUGCAAGGUCCGUUUGGGCACUCACCUCGUGAGCGGAGAGAAGGUAGCGAUCAAGGUCAUCGACAAGACGCGGCUCACGGAUCCCACCGACAGGAAGCGAGUGGCGCGCGAGAUCAAGGUCCUCAAGAAGCUCAAUCAGCAGAGCAACAUCAUCCGGCUGCUCGAGGUGGGCGAGGCCUCGUCGCGCAUCCACGUCAUCAUGGAGCACGCGAGCGGGGGCACCCUGCUGGACCACGUGCGCAAGAAGAAGCGCCUGCCCGAGCCGGAGGCACGUGACUGCUUACGUCAGAUCCUGGUGGGGCUGACGUACUGCCACGCGCAGGGCGUCAUCCACCGCGACAUCAAGCUGGAGAACCUGCUGCUCACCGCGGACCGCCAGAUGAAGAUCAUCGACUUCGGACUCAGCGCCAUCCUGGUCCCUGGCAAGAAGCUGCGCGUCCACUGCGGCUCCCCCUCAUACGCCGCCCCCGAGAUCGUCUCCCGCCAGCUUUACGACGGCCCCCCCGUCGACGUAUGGAGCCUGGGCGUCGUCUUAUUCGCCAUGAUCACCGGUUACCUCCCGUUCCACGCGAGCGGCUCCAAUAAGGACGAGCUGUGCCAGAAGAUCAUCGCCGGCGUAUAUAAGACGCCGGACUGGAUCUCGGACGAGAGCAAGGACCUGCUGCGCGGCAUGCUGACGACCGACCCGCGCCGGCGGCUGACGCUCGAGCAGGUCGCGGACCACCCCUGGGUCCGCGGCAAGUCCGUGCCGUGCUGGCGACUCCCCGGCCUUCCCACCGAGCUCGAGUGUCGCCCCCCGCUCGACCCGGCGAUCCUCAACUGCAUCUCGAAGCGCAUUGACACCCAGUCCCUGAGCGAGAGCAUUCUCCGGGGCGAACACACGUACUUUACCGCCACGUACCACCUUUUGGCCACGCGCGCACAGUCGGAUAGACGCCGCGCUUACGGAGAACCGGACCGGCCUCCCCUGGUUGCGUCCUGA